AUGUCGGCUGCGACUUUUUCCUACGCGCAAGCCGCGCGAGGCCGCACCAUUUCCCAGCCAACCCCUCAAGAGACAUCGAGCCCUGCCCCAUCGACGACUGGUUCGCAGGUGAAGGAUGACGCUUCCACCGGCGCCACAUCAGGAACGGCCCCAUCGGUCGUGUCGACCGCACCAGAUAUUCGGGACACCGAGCAUUUGGGCUCGACCUCCGCCGAGGCUGGGUUGAAGCAGGACUCGGAAAUCGCAUCUGUGGCUGGUUCCCAUUCUUCCGCCCCAUUCCCCGCCGAGCCGUCCAGCAAGACGGCCAAUGAAGCCGGUACAACACCCGCCGACUCCCAAAGACGGGCCCAGAGCCAAGGUGAAGAAAAGGCGUCCCGUCCGGCUAGCCGAACCUCCCGGGUUAACGACAGCACGGAGGGUAGAAAGGGCCGGAAGGGCAAGAAGGGUCGCGGUAGCGACAAAGAUGCGCCCAAUGAACAACAGCAGGAAGAGGAAGCCGAGAAGGCAAAAGAGCCCCCGAAGCCGGUCAUUCUUACCGAGGCCCCGCUUCCGACUGUGAAUCCUUGGGCAAAGCGCAUAGAAGCUCGGGGGGCCAUGGUGUCGGCCUCAGCUGACGCUGUAUCGAAACAGAGCACCUCAUUAGAGGCGGCCACCCCUCGUGAUGCCACCAACGGCAUCAAUGGAGACAAGUCGGCUCACAAGAAGUCAGUGGAAACAUCACGGCCCACUGACCAAGCUUCGCGCCGCAACGGGCCUCGUGGUAGCCGUGCCACCGACAAAGACGACAAGACUUCAGCUGCCUUACCCCCCGCCGCCGACCCCUCGUCGUGGCCCGAUCCGAAAUCAGCUGCUGUGCGGGACCAGUUGAGUCGCAAGGUGUCGGAGAAGACGGAUGCAGCGGAGAAGGACAGCCUGGACGAAGCUGGCCCGACGCGCAAGAAGACAUGGGAGAAGCUCGACAUUGUGCACUCGGUUGUUUUCGAGACACAGCUUCCCCAGCUCCGCGGCAACAAGCCCCGCAGUAGCGCCCCGCGUGGUGGCCGCGAAGGAGGCUCAAUGAGGGGCAACAACCACUCGAACGCCGCUGCUGGCACCACCCCUCAGCCGGCUGCUGGCUCAGCCAGCGACAAGGCCUCUCCUGCUCAAAGCGCCUCGGGACCAAAGCCCACCGCCACUCGCCCCCGUGAGGGCAGUGUUGCUACCCGUACCGGCACUCAGUCUCAGCCGCCGCACACGUCGAAGCGUGCUCCGACCGACGGCGCUUCGCGCGAACAGCGCAAGGCACCUGUGUUGGGGAACCCGGCAGACCAGAGCCGUGACAUUGGUCUCGACGCCUCAUCUUCCUCCAAGAGAGCUAGCGCGACACGAGAUAUCCGGCUUGAGAACGGGUCUCUCAACCUGGAGAACGGACAAUCAGGGACUCGCAGCCUACCACAAGAGCGCAACAACUUCCAACGAGGCGAGUAUCUCAAAGAUGGCACACAUGGCCAGUCCUAUCCAGCACGCGACGGCCGUCCCGACCGCGGCCGUGGUGGCUCCUACCGUUCUCGCGGGAACCACAGCAACUCGCAACAUAUCCCGUCGGGGUCGUACGCUCCCAACGGCCAUUACCCAGCUACGAACGGAUUCCAGUCUCGGCAGAACUCCAACACCCAUAGCCCCCCGCCUUUCUCAGGCCAGUUCCCUGCGUCCUUUGGUCAGCCGUCGAGGGGACGAGGCAACAAGUGGACCGGCUCUAACCAGCCAAACAACCGCAACAACGCGGGUGCUACGGGAUUCCCGCCCAAGGCCGCUCCUGCAAAUGAUUAUGCGGUCGGCCAGUACCCACCGUACAUGUACUCACCGAUCUUUGACGCCUCGGUCCCAAUCCUGAAGUCUCAGAUUGAGUAUUACCUCUCCGUGGAGAAUCUUUGCAAGGACUACUACCUCCGUCAGCACAUGGACGGGCAGGGAUUCGUUCACCUUGCAACCAUCGCAUCCUUCAAGCGCAUCAAGGCCGUCACCGAGGACGUGGAGCUGGUCCGCCUAGCCUGCUCACUUUCCGACUCAAUUGAAUUUGGUGUCGGCGAUGACAAUAUUGAGCGUUUGCGCACGCGCGAGAAGUGGCAGCACUUCGUCCUUCCGGCCGCUGAGCGGGCCGAACCCUACCGCAACGAUGGCCCUGCCACCUGGACUCCCUAUGCCAAACCGGAGACCCAGUUCGCCGCGCCUUACCCGGGCCCGGUAAUCCCUCCGCCGUACCACACUCCCGCUUCCGCCAGCUACCCGGCCUUUUCCGAUGACCAGAUCUAUGCGCCGUCCUUUGUCAACGGCGGCGCGUACGACCACUCAAUUAACGGCGGUGCGGUCAACGGUCACCACCAGGGAAACCACGAGACGCCACUGUCUGCGGGUGUGCCGGAAUAUGCCCCCCCGCAGUCGCCGAUCACUCUGGAGAACAUGACCAACCUUCCGGAUUCCCAACUGGGCAGGUUGACGGUGGUCUUGAGCCUCGAUGACAAGACAAACUCAGCUUCUCCCGAUGUCGCUGACAUUGCCGGUUAUGUUUUGGGCUCCGUCGGCUCCCCUGAGGCUCCCAGUGUGAAUGGAAACCAUUCCGUCGCAACCGACCCUGUUGAGAGCGCCAUCGUUUGGCUGGACGACCAAGCAGCUGUGCUCUCCCAGGACCAGAGGCAGCUCAAGACUUACAACGAAAUCUAUAAGGAGGCUCUCGAAAAACGACGGGCUACCAAGGCAGGCGAGUCCGUGAGGGAAAUGCAGAGGCUCUACAAGUUUUGGUCGCACCUGUUACUGAACGAGUUCAAUGCCGGAAUCUACGAAGAAUUCCGUGACCUGGCUUUCUCAGAUGCUUCACAGCAGCCGGCCUCGAAAACGGGCCUCAAGAACCUGCUCGGAUUCUACGAUAAGCUCCUGCUCAAGACCAACACUCAGAAGCCGUGGCCUCAGGACCGGGCCGUGCCCGAGAUCUUCACCGCUCAUCUGAACGAAGCUGUCGAACUCGAUGGCAGGACAGGCGUGAAAAGCGAGACUAGCAACUAA